CGAGAAACAAUAUGGCGGCGCCCAGCGUCGUCACACCGGAUUAGUUCAAAAACCUUUCUAAGCUUUUUAUUACUUGUUGUUUUGUGAUUUUUUUUGUGAUGUUCAGUAAUCGUGGGAUAAUGAAGACGUUUUGUGGUCGUGCGAACCCCACCACGGGCUCGCUGGACUGGGUGGAGGAGGGAGAGGAGUAUGAUUAUCACCAGGAGAUCGCCAGGUCCUGUUAUGCUGAUAUGCUGCACGACAGAGAUAGGAAUGAGAAAUAUUACCAGGGCAUUCGAGCAGCAGUUAGCCGGGUGAAGGCUCGAGGCGAGCGAGUCAUCAUUCUGGAUAUCGGCACAGGAACAGGUCUUCUCUCCAUGAUGGCUGUUACUGCAGGAGCGGAUUACUGCUACGCCGUAGAGGUGUUUAAGCCCAUGGCUGAAGCUGCAGCUUGCAUCGUAAAGAAAAACGGCUUCUCGGACAAGAUCAAAAUCAUCAAUAAGCACUCAACUGAGGUUACAGUUGGUCCAGAUGGAGACAUGCAAGAGAAAGCGAACGUAUUAGUGACGGAGCUGUUUGAUACAGAGCUGAUUGGAGAGGGAGCUUUACCCAGCUAUGAACAUGCACACUUACACCUGGUACAGGUGGGCUGUGAAGCCGUACCUCACCGUGCCACCGUCUACGCCCAGGUGGUGGAGUCAGAGCAGCUUUGGAGCUGGGCACAGAUUCAGCCCAUCCAGGUGGAAGAGUGCACGCUGCUGCCCCCUGCUGCUGUGACGCGGUGCGCUGGAGCACCAUCUGUCUGUGAUCUGCAGCUCAGCCAGGUGACCCCCAGUGCCUUCACCAAGCUCGGACCCCUGUGUACCAUGUUCAGUGUGGACUUCAGCAGGCUGGUCAGCAGCACUGCUCAGUCACACUCUUGCAGGUUUGUGGUGGAGGCCAGCGGUCGAGCUCAGGUCGUUUUGUCUUGGUGGGAUUUGGACAUGGACCCGAGCGGCAGCAUCGUCUGUUCCAUGGCCCCCAGCUGGACUUACUCGGCCCUGCGAGAGUAUCCUUGGAGGGAUCACUGGAUGCAGAGUGUGUACUUCCUGCCUGCUGAGAGAAGUGUGUGUGAGGGAGAAGAGCUCAGUCUAACUGUCUCACAUGAUGACUACAGCUUGUGGUACAGCCUCUCUGAGAGCGACCAGUCUGAUGUGGCCACACCAUGUUGUACCUGUCAAGCCCACCUGCUGUGGACGCGACCGCGCUUCGGGGAGCUUAAUGACCGGCGGAGAAGAGAGUGUUACCUCAGUGCUCUCCGCAGUAUUCUGAGGCCGGACAGUGUGUGUUUAUCCGUCAGCGAUGGGAGUCUUCUCCCCAUCUUUGCACAUCUGCUUGGAGCUAAAAAGGUGUUCAGUUUGGAAAACUCCGGAAUGUCAAAGCAAGUGAUUGAGCAGUUUUUGGAGGCAAACUCGCUGAAACACAGCGUCAAGCUGCUACAGAUUCGGCCGGAGCAGCUGACACCAGCUGAUGUGGACGGAGAACAGGUCUCAGCGCUGAUUGGCGAGCCGUAUUUCAGUACCAGCCUGUUGCCGUGGCACUCUCUGUUCUUCUGGUACUGCCGUACAGCACUGAGCUGUCUCCUCCGGCCCGAUGCCACCGUCCUGCCUUCCUCCGCUACGCUCUGCCUGAUCGCCGUGGAGUUCCAGGAUUUGUGGAGAAUCCGAGCCCCAUGCGGAACCUGUGAAGGAUUUGAUGUGAGCCCGAUGGAUGAAAUGGUGCAGCGUUCUCUGGACUUCCGGGAGUCUCGUGAGGCAGAACCUCACCCCCUGUGGGAGUACCCCUGUCGAGCCCUGUCCAAGCCAUGCUCUGUGAUGACCUUUGACUUCCAACGGUGUGUCCCUGAGCAGCCAAUCAGCCGUCAGGGAACAGUGCCUCUUACAGGGAGAGGGCGUUGUCACGGCGUGGCUUUGUGGAUGGAGUACAGCCUGACUGAUGACAUCACCGUCAGCAUGGGCCUGACUGAGCCCGUCAACGAGGAGGGAGAGUGUGUGUGGAGUCCACACCGAAAACAGGGAGUGUAUUUCUUACAGGAUGCGUGGGAAAGCUCAGGAGACGGACAGGCAAGCGUGGACUACAGAUUAACCUUCGACCCGAAUAUCGGCGACAUCAAAAUGGACUUUUCAGUCACUCGGCCUUGACCAAAUAAAAUGUACUGGGCAGGAUUUUUUUUUUUCUUCCCCUGGUGGUUGUUUUUUGUUUAGUUUUGUUUUUCUGGAUCACAGAAAACGAUGUGAUUGAAAGAAAUAUUUAUACUAGAUGAUGUUGUGUGAUGUUGACUUUAUUACAAAUCCCUUUUAAUCCGAGAGUUGGCUGGUUUUACAAAAUAACCAGGGAUGUGAUUUUUUUUUUCCGCGAAUUCGCGGAAUUCCGCUUUUUUCACCUCAAAACUUGAAAAAAAAAAUGUUUCCGAUUUUUCCCUCAAAUCCACAUUCAUAUCCUAUUCGUUCCGACUUUGUUUGAAAGAUGGCAGCCUCGGAUUUGCAUCUUUAUGCCUUGAUCACGGAGGCUGCCAUCUUUCAACUCUUUGUUUGAAGCGAGCGCGUUCAUUG